CUCCACGUGUCGUCUGCCAGUAAGAUCCACCGUUAGUAAUUUUUUCUUCUGUCGUUCGUCGUGGAGUCGCAGACUCGCCGAACACCUCUACUCUGUCAAACUUUGAAUUUCUACAGGCUUCCUUCGCGAUCUGAACGUUCCAAAUCGACUGGUGAAAUCUGUCGUCUUCUCGGAUCUGUAGAGGGAAUUGUUAAAGCUUCUCAGAGGUUUUGAUUCCAGAUCUUCUGCGGUCAUCAGCCACCAUGGCCGCACCAUUUUUUUCAACUCCAUUUCAGCCUUAUGUCUACCAGAGUCAACAAGAUACGAUUACACCUUUCCAAAUUUUGGGUGGUGAAGCCCAAGUUGUUCAGAUAAUGUUAAAGUCAGAGGAGAAAGCCGUUGCUAAGCCUGGUUCCAUAUGCUACAUGUCUGGGUCCGUCGAGAUGGAAAAUACAUACACUCCUGAGCAAGAAGUUGGAGUUUUGCAGUGGAUUUUGGGCAAAAGUGUUAGCAGCGUAGUUCUUAGGAAUACUGGGCAAAACGAUGGAUUUGUGGGUAUUGCUGCACCUCAUUUGGCUAGGAUACUCCCGAUCGAUUUGGCAAUGUUUGGAGGGGAGAUCUUAUGCCAGCCAGAUGCAUUCCUCUGUUCUGUCAAUGAUGUGAAGGUUGUCAACUCCAUUGACCAGAGGGCAAGAAACAUCGUUGCCGCUGGUGCUGAGGGAUUUCUGAGACAACGCCUAUCUGGACAAGGUCUUGCUUUUAUCCUCGCUGGUGGCUCAGUUGUACAAAAAAUUCUGGAGGUAGGAGAAAUUCUCACCAUUGACGUGUCUUGCAUCGCUGCUCUCACUCCCUCAAUCGAUGUCCAAAUCAAAUACAAUGCUCCUCUGAGACGAGCAGUAUUUGGGGGUGAUAACGUAGUAAUGGCGACUCUAACGGGACCAGGAAUCGUCUUCAUCCAGAGUUUACCGUUUCAUCGGCUCUCCCAGCGUAUUGCAAGGUCGGUGACGUCACCAAACAUGAGAGAAAAUCCGAGAUUGUUGAUACAGAUAGCGGCAUUUGCCUUCCUUGCAUACGCUGUGAUUUUAUCUUCGUUGAUCUUAACCGAAGUUUGAAAAGCAGAAAGAGAAACAAAGGAAUUGUGAUUUGCUCCGACCAACAAACUAACGAUGUAAUUGUUCACUUAGCUCGGCUUUGGACUCUGGAUAGAAUGAAAUGAUAGAUAUAUCAUAUA